AUUUAUGCUGAGCGGAGGCAUGUUAGUUUGUGAUACGGCUUUAGCUAUGUACAAAUUGGCCUAAUUUUGCACGAGAAAUGGGAAGGAUAUUUGAUUAAUACACUGAAAGUAGAGGGAUUUUUAGCAUCAUGACCUCAGAAGUGGAAGAACAUGUCAUGGCCAAAUAUGAAAUCAAGAAGCGCCUUGGAAAAGGAGCAUAUGGCAUUGUAUGGAAGGCCAUCGAUAGGAGAACGAGGGAAGUUGUUGCCUUGAAAAAGAUUUUUGAUGCCUUCAGAAAUCAGACAGAUGCACAGAGGACAUUUCGAGAAAUCAUGUUCUUACAAGAAUUCAGUGACCAUAAGAAUAUAGUCAAGUUACUGAAUGUGAUGAGAGCAGAGAACGAUAAAGACAUCUACCUCGUAUUUGAGUACAUGGACACCGAUCUCCAUGCGGUAAUCAAGAAAGGAGGAAUCUUAAAGGACAUUCACAAACGUUAUAUCAUGUAUCAGCUUAUUAAUGCUACCAUGUAUAUGCAUUCUGGAAAUGUCAUACACAGAGAUCAAAAGCCAUCAAACAUCCUGCUAGACACAGAGUGCUUUGUGAAGGUUGCUGACUUUGGUCUCGCCCGUUCAAUAACCCAAAUUGAUGCUGUUCUGAGCGAAGACAAUCCUGCCCUGACAGAGUAUGUGGCAACAAGAUGGUACAGAGCACCAGAGAUCCUUCUAGCUUCUAAAAGAUAUACCAAGGGAGUAGACAUGUGGAGUGUAGGCUGCAUCAUUGGAGAGCUUCUCAAAGGGAAGCCCAUGUUUCCUGGUUCAUCCACAUUCAACCAGCUGGAGAGAAUUAUGGCCAUCAUUGACCCGCCCACCAAGAAAGACAUUGAGGCUAUCCAGUCGGACUAUGGAGCUACGUUUGUAGACAUGUCAAAACUCAGGCAUAGACAAUCAAUUGAGGAAGUACUACCGGGGGCCCCAGCUGAUGCAAUAGACUUGGUCAGAAAACUGUUACAUUUCAACCCAGACAAGAGACUCACUGCCAAACAAGCUCUGUCACAUCCAUAUGUAGCAAGAUUUCGAAACAAACCUGGAGAGAUAUUUCUAGACUAUGAUGUAGUCCCACCCUUAGAUGAUGAUGUGCAGCUCUCUGUUAAUGAAUAUAGGUCAAAACUAUAUGAGAUGAUGAAAGAGAAGAAAGCCCGACACCGUCAGCAGCUGAGGGAAGCCCAGCAAGCCCAGAGGAGAGGGAGCCAAUCCUCUACCCCACCCUCAGAGCAGGGUAGUCCUAUGGUCAACGGCUCUACAGCCUCAGCCAGGUCUAACCAGGCUGCCAGCAGCAGAGGCACUAGUCGACAGAGACCAGCUGCUGCUGUCGGGCCUGGAGGAGCUGCAGCAGCACCUCAAGCACCAACGUCAACAACAUACACAAAUUACGCGGCCGAGGCAAGGAAACAUAGACCCCCCUUGAGCUCCGCCUCGGGGAACGGCCACACCCCCAACAAGCGCCUACACCAUACCUCCAGUGCCCCCGUGUUGCAUGCAGGUGUAGCCUUCGGGAGGUCAACGGCAGACCCACCUCCUGUGGCCAUGCAGAGGAAAAACUCAGUCAGACAAAACUUACAGAGACAAAAUAGUGUAGAGAACAUUGCUGCAGGUCAGUACAAUGGCAAUGAGAACCAGUACCAGUCAUCAGGCAUUGGUCAGCAACGUCCAUCAUCUGGUCAUCACCAGCGCACCAGGUCAUUCUCAGCUGGCAUACGCAAUAGCACCAUCACUAGGGAUACAAAGGGUCAGCAUGGAGGGAGUCUAGCCGUGUCAAGCUCAAGACUAGUAAGUUAUCAUCUUAGGGCGUAAAAAAAAAAGAUGUUG